GUGGCGGGGGAGACCACGUGCGAGGCUGCGACGGCGAGGAGCUGCCCUGUCCAGCGGGGCUGUGCCUGUGCGCGAGGCGAGUCAAGCGGCACAGGGCACGGCGGCGGCCAACACGUUCGAGGCGCGGGCAGGUAAUGCCCGUCCUCUUCCCAAGUGGCCAAGUCUACAGUCGCCGUCAUGGCCGUCGCCGUCGACGUCCCCUCCUGCAUCCAGCUCCUCCGCUCCUGCAGCGCGGCCGCUGGCCGGCAGCUCCACCAGCUCCUCCUCAAAUCUGGCCACGUCCCCUCCUCCCUCCCACCCACCAACUCCGUCCUCCUCAUGUACGUGCGCGGCUCUCCGCUUUACUCCCGUGACGCCCACCGCCUGUUCGACGAAAUGCCCACGAAGAACUGCUUCUCGUACAACUCCCUCAUCACCGCCCUCUUUAAGUCCGGAGACCACCGCGCGGCGCUCCGCGUGUUCCGCUCCAUGCCUGACAGGAACACCUUCUCCUGGAAUGCGGUGAUAACUGGCCUGGCUGGUGCUGGGGAUCUUGACACUGCGCGCGACUUGCUGGAAGAAAUGCCCGUGAAGGAUGCUGUGGCUUGCCACGCUGUCUUGCAUAGGUUUGUCCGCUGUGGCCGAGUGGAUGAGGCAUUUGCUCUGCUCAAGAGGAUAGGUUCGCAUUGCAAUCCUGAUGUGAUCCCGCCAUGGAGUGACCCCUUUGUGCUUACCACAGUGGUUGGUGCCUGUGCUGAUCGGAUGAAGUAUGAGAUUGGGAGGCAAGUUCACGCCCGGUUGGUGGUUGCCAAGACCGAAAUCGAUUCGGUAUUGGCUUGCGCAUUGAUUGACAUGUAUUGCAAGUGUAGGGAUUUGGACUCUGCUCGCCUUGUUCUUGAUAGAUUAAAACAUGUCGAUGAAAUUUCACUGUCUGCACUGGUCUAUGGCUACGCAUCCUAUGGACAGUUGCACAAGGCAUUGUGCCUUUUUGACAAGGUGGAGAACCCCAGCAUUGCUCUAUGGAAUUCUCUUAUCAGUGGCUGUGUCCCUGCUUAUCAUGGAGAUAGUGCUUUUGUUCUUUUUGUAAGGAUGUUGCGGUCAGACAUGUUGCCUAACUCUUCAAUUUAUGCCAUUGUUCUGAACAUGUGUGGCUUUUUAGGCAUGCUGAAGCCUGGGCAGCAGACACAUGCUUGUGCUUUAAAGAGUGGGGCUGUCAAUGACUUGAUAGCAGCAAGUGCUCUCAUUGACUUCUACUCGAAAUGCAGCCUCUGGGCAGAUGCCUGCCAAGCUUUCGGUGAACUUAGGCAUCAUGACACCAUUGUGCUCAACUCGAUGAUCACUGUAUACUCAAACUGUGGCCAAAUAGAUGAGGCUAGAAGAGUUUUUGAUAUGAUCCCUAGCAAGAGUGUCAUCUCAUGGAAUUCUAUGAUUGUUGGGUUCAGCCAAAACGGGCAUGCUCUUGAUGCAAUGGAGCUGUUCUGUGAGAUGCAUUGGCUUGGUUUGCAGAUUGACAAUGUAGCUGUAUCUAGUGUUCUGAGUGCAUCAGGCAGCAUCUGCUCUAUAAGUUUUGGUGAGCAGAUUUUUGCUCUUGCUAUUGCACUUGGCCUGCAGUCUGACCAUAUUGUAGUCUCCUCACUCAUUGACCUCUACUGCAAAUGUGGCAACUUGGCCAAUGGAUGCAGGAUAUUCGAUGGAAUUGAUAAUCCAGAUGAAGUCUUGUGGAACUCAAUGCUUAUAGGUUAUGCUUCUAACGGGUAUGGACUUGAGGCACUGAAAUUUCUAGAUUUAAUGCGAAGUAGGGGUCUGAAACCAAGUGAACGGACAUUUGUUGGUGUCCUUUCUGCAUGCUGCCAUUCUGGGCUUGUGGAAGAGGGACUGAGAUGGUUUUACAGGAUGAAGGAAGAUUUUGGCGUGAGUCCAUCAGCUGAGCAUUAUGCGUGUGUGACUGACCUGUUAGUUCGAGCAGGCCGACUGGAUGAAGCAGUUGAGUUCAUAGAGAACAUGCCUUUCAAAGCUGAUGCAAUUAGUUGGACUUCUAUUAUUGGAGGAUGCAAAGCCCAGGGCAAUGAAGCUCUGUUGCACAAGGUUGCAAACAAAUUGAUGGAAACAGGAUUGUCACCGCAUUCUAGUUUGUAUGUGCAGCUGUCGAGCACACUUGCAGCUCAUGGGGAUUGGGACAAAUCAGCAGAGAUUAGGAGUAUGAUGCAUGACAGAAGAAUCUCAAAGAACGCUGGCUGCAGUUGGAUUGACAGGGCAUAGAGGAAAUUACUAAUGUCACCUCCCACAGGCAUCCCCGUCUCUUUCCUCUGGGCCUCUCCCUAUUGGCUUUCUUCAAUGUGUUUUUCCGCUAGUCAGGUAGUGGUAACAAACAAUGAUCCUGCUAAAAUAUGUGCUUUUGAUCAUUGCUUAGUUGGACUAUAUGAGGCGGUUUCUUGGACGAGGAUUCCUGAAGCAUGCACAGGUUAAUAUAAGCAGAAUCAUGCACAUAUUGAUAUCUGUAAAUAUUGUAUUUUGGUGUAAUAAUAGUGUUAAAGCUUCUUUUUGUCUGUUCUGCACAAAGUGUGCAGGCCAAUGAUUUUCUCCAUGAUAUAUUGAUAUCUUUGACAUCAAAAUUGACUGUACUGAAAAUGUGUCGACCACCGAAAAGGUAAGCCUUCUGCAUAUAAUUUUCUAAUGUUAUUCAUAGGUUAGUUUGUAUGGCUGUGUUGUUGCACACCUUGAAGAUUAUGGAACCAAAAGAUCAGGAUUACUGUCACUUCGGUAAUCAUCUUCAGUAAUGAUCAUCAAUAACGAUUGCUUAUGACAUUGAGUGAUUUUCAAUUUUCUGUUCAGUAAUCUAGGUGGCUCUAGCUGCACCCUAGGUGUAGAAUAGUAUAUUUGAGAAUUACUGUUGAAACAAUCACAAGCUUUGGACAUUUUAUAUUGUACUAUUUCUAAGUUGAUUGAAAACCAAUCACCAGUACUUGUAUUUUGUUUAGAUAGCCAUGUAGACAUGGUCAGAACUCUAAAAUAAUUAUUUGUUUGCAUUCAGAAAAUCUGUAGAUCUAAAGAUGAGAAAGGAAGAGCUCUGAAGUUGAAUAAAGAACGCGGUCUAGCCCAGGUAAGCUGUACUUUGAAGAGCACCUUUUGCAUUUUGGUUGACCCUAAAUGCUAGUUAUGCAUGCACAAAGGAGGCUCUUGUGUUUACUCAAUCACAGUUCUGCAAUUCUAUUCGGCUCAUGGAUGCUCCCGAAGAGUAAUUUCGUGGAAUAUGUUGUUUCUGGAAGACAUAGAGGUUGAUCAAUUCUCCAGAAUAGUUGUUUUAUGAACAAUUCAGACAUUUAUGUGAAAGUGGAUCCAAAUUUUUAUUUCUUUCAGCAACCCUUGAGAGGCUGGACCGCUGGACUACCUACAGCGGCCAAAGCGUGUUUCAUCUCUGGGAGUCUGGGGUGCGCACUGGCAAUGAUUUCAGGUCGACUGGUCGAAGCUGGUCGCUCUAGGACCGACCAGGCGAUUAAUCGAGAUUAAUCGUCGACCAGGGCGAUUAAUCGCCCUGGUCGACCCUGGUCGUCCACCUGGUCGUCCAGCUAUUUCAAGGCAUAUAUGCCUAUAUAUAUAACUCUAUAUAUACUAUAUAAUAUACACAAUCAAGCUAGCAUCAAGACUACAUUAGUGUUUAGAUAGUGAAUUACUUGUGGGAGUUGGUUUCUUCUCUUUUCUGCACUGUCCAGAGGUCCAUAUUGCUGUCCCAAACCCCCCCCUGCAGCCCCUCUAUUCUAUCUAAACCCUAACAGGCCAAAAACUUAAAGCCCAUUAGCCCACUCCCAGUUAGAAAAGGCCCAAAAAAACAGAAGCCUGGUCGUCCAUCUUACCUGGUCGUCCGAUUAAUCGGACGACCAGCUUUCUGGUCGAACUAAUCGAGUCGGACCUCCUAAUCGAAUCCUAGGAGCGACCUGGACGAUUAAUCGCGAUUAAUCACGAUUAAUCGGACGACCUGAAAUCAUUGCGCACUGGGCAUAAGAAACAGACUCCGGCAUCAAGCAAAGAGAGCGCCCACUGUACAUGUGCGCGCGGCCACAUCGGACUAUGGGAAACGUCAAGGGGCUGUCUGGUUGCCCGCAUAUGGGUGAACCAGGCCCCCAGGAUGCAGCCUGUCCCUGUUUGGUUGCCUGGUCUUGCACCUGAGCCUGGCUGAGCGCGUGCAAAAACUCCUCCAGGGCCUGGCUCCCAAAGAACAUACUUGCACACAUUUUUAUCAAUUUUUUUCUUAAAAUGAGGUCUUAUUCUUUUUGAAUCCGCACUAGCUUUAGUAGAUCAACUAUAUUAGCAUAUUAUAUCAUCUUUUUAGGUUCUCUGUAACAUACUAAUUUGGAAACACUGAUUAUGGCACACCUAUUGAAUUUCUGAUACUGCAGGCAAUCAUUUUUGCGAACGUACUUGCAGGCAUCUUGAUUUUGCUAUUUGAGUUAAUUACCUAGUGCUUCUUGGUCUGCUUACUGCUGUUUAUCUUUAUCAUGAAUCUGUAGUUUAAUUUGGAAAAACUCUAUGGCUGAAGGUUAUAUAUGUUUCUUCUUGUGUUCCAUGUCCAUGUGAGCCUUGCUGUUAUGAAGAGCUCUAAUGAACCAUCCUUGAUGUUGCCCUGUUUGUCAUGGUGAAUACAUAAAAAAUAAGUUGCUCUGCUUCAAGUAGAAUUUGUCAUUUCUUAGUUGGCUUUCUUUUUGCAUUCUGAGACAGGUUGGUUAUCCUGAUUUUGGGCAAUGUUCUGUGUAGCUGGUCUUUGUAUGACUAAAUCUUCGUGUUCUAUUAUUGUAGUGACUUUGUCCUUUGAUUACAUCAGUUUGGAAUUCAGUGAGCUUUACAGUUGACCAACUGAUACCAGGUUCCAUUUAGCUUCGGCCUGUCGAUGAAUCACUUUAUUAGAGUUCUAUAUGAAUUAUGAUUUUUCUUACAUGUGUCUUUUGCAUCAUUAUCCAGUUAGAAAUUCAUUUUGAUUCUUGUGUGGUUCAUCUGGACUAAUAUCCAUUGUUCCCUCCAUAGGAAGCUCCUGCUGUGAUUCAGUCAUACUACAACAAAAGGAUCGUUGGUUGCCCUGGUGGUGAAGGAGAAGAUGAACAUGAUGUGGUGAUGGUUUUGGUUGGAGAAAGGCAAGCCACAUGAAUGCCCUGUCUGUACUCAAUAUUUCACGCUUGAUGUGAUUGGGCAAGGAGGAUCUCCAGAUGGACAUGAUGAUGACGAUGACGAUGACCACCACCACCACCACCAUCACUAAGGAUCUGCAGCUCAUGGCAAUAAAAUGCAGUGCCAAUACCAUUUUGGCCACAGCCUUGUGAAGCUGUGCAGAACUUCAGCCUCUUGGCCUUGUGGUGUUCAGUAGACCUGACCAUGUCAACCUGUCUGUUUGCCAAUUGCCACACAGCUAGGAAGCUGGAACAUCACGUGGUUUUUGUUACAUGAUCCUUGCAGAAACUCGGCUAUUAUAAAUAAUGGGAUUCAUUACACAGCGG